AUGAAUGCUCAAAGCUCUCUAUCUCAGUCUGCUUCUGCCUUUCUGGAUAAGAAUGUUCCGCUCAAAUUACCUUCGAAUGAUGAGCUGGAAGAAAUGGUUAUGACAUAUUGCAGAAGGCUGACUGAAGACUCUCAGUAUAACUAUAACCGUAACAAGCUGGAUCCUUACUGGAAUGCUACUGUCUAUAAAGUCAUUUCGAUUCCUGGUCAAGUGGCUGCUAUCUCCAGUGAUCCUUUACGCUCUCAGCCUUUCUUUGAGUAUAUUGGCAAUUUGAAGCGCAUUGAUGUGUAG